AUGGGUGUUUUCUACGAAACCAUUCCGGCGACAUUAUCCCCAUGGAUUCUCAAGCAGCGGAUGUUCUGGGUUGCCACAGCACCGCUCUCGGGUUCCGGCCACGUGAAUGUCUCCCCGAAAGGAGGAGAAUAUUUCGGACUCCUUGAUGAUAGGACGUUUUGGUUCCUGGAGCUUACCGGAAGUGGCUGUGAAACCCUCUCGCAUCUUCAUGAACCAGGGAACCGACGAAUAACUAUUAUGCUUUCUGCCUUUGAAGGCGCUCCCAAAAUAGUGAGGCUGUGGGGAAAAGGUCGCGUCCUGGAGAAUAAAACUCCGGAAUUUGAUUCCUUUGUUCGUGAUAACAGCGUCAAGGUCAUUCCCGGCACAAGAUCGAUCAUUUUAGUUGAUAUUCACCAAGUCGGCACAUCGUGUGGCUUCUCUGUCCCAUUUUAUGAGUUCAAGGCUCAUAGAGAUACCCUCAAUGAAUAUUACCGUAAAAAGGAUGAAAAGUUCAAGGGGGGCAAUGAGAAAGAAAGCAUGGAUCUAUAUUGGGCACAAAAUAGCCAAUCCAGCAUGGAUGGUUUACCUGGCAUGAAGAGAGCGGGGAUCAUCGCUCAACAACAAAAUAUUGCACAAAAGAGAAAGAUGAUCGGCCCGUUGGCACCAAAGAAUCUCCGCCCAAUGAUCAAAUUCCCCUCGAAAACCACCGUUUUGAUUGUCAUUGCAAGCUUUAUUUUGGGGAUUUUGUUCUCUUUGCUGGUCGAGAAUAUAAAAGCAGGAGCUUAUGAUCUUGGUCAAGUGGUACGCGGAGCAAGCAGCAACUCAAGUGUCGACUGGGCUGAAUUGUGA